CCUUUUCAAUAGAAGGCUGAAAAGGAUAAAAGGCCCGGCUAAACGUGCUGAUAAUUCAAUUUGAAAUUUCUAUUUGAAUAGAGAAGUUCACGAAAUGGCACAAGCUGAUGUGCAGUUCUGCAAAAUGAGGAAUGUUUCACGUGUGCAUCCGUCAUGGAGAACAUUGCCUCAAGUUCCCAGCGUGUUUUGUCAGAAGAUGAAGAAAAUAAGCUGAAGAAACAGGACCAGACUUUAGUUUCUGAAUUUAAGAGUAUGAAAUUGGAAGCUGAAGCCAAGAGAAAUUGGGAUCUGUUCUACAAGCGGAAUGAUACAAGAUUUUUCCGAGACAGACAUUGGACGACUCGGGAGUUCGAACAAUUGCUUGGAACUGGUGGCGAGGGAAAGAAAAUUUUAUUGGAAGUAGGUUGUGGAGUUGGGAAUUUCCUAUUUCCAUUAUUGGAGGAAAAUGAAGACCUUUUCGUCUACGGAUGCGAUUUUUCACCGCGAGCUGUGGAUUUUGUCAGGCGUGACUCGAGGUUCAACGCAGAACGGAUGAAUGUCUUCGUUAGUGAUAUAACCAAAGACAGUUUAAGGGAUUUUGUUCCUGAGAUGGUUGAUGUAGUCAGCCUCAUCUUUGUCUUAUCAGCCAUACAUCCAGACAAAUUCCUCCAGGCACUUUGCUCAGUUGCUUCAGUCCUUCAUCCUGGUGGUGCCCUAAUAUUUCGAGACUAUGGCCUUUAUGAUAUGGCUCAGCUUCGAUUUGGGAGAGGGAAUAAAAUAAGUGAUAACUUCUACGUCAGGCAGGAUGGUACCAGAUCAUACUUUUUCUCUGUGGAGUAUUUAAAGCAGUUGGUGACUGAGGCUGGAUUUGAGGUUUUCACAUGUCAUUAUGUAAAUAGGAGAACCAUCAACAAGAAGGAAGGGGUUGAUGAGCCCAGGGUCUUCGUUCAGGGGAAGUUCAUUAAAAAAUGAGGUCUCACCGCGGCAGUGUUUCAUUCGAUUUUUUGAAUUUUGAGGUUCGGCGACUUUGGAGUGGGGGUUCAUCUUCUAAGAGUAAAUAUUUGCCUGUCUUUCUUGCGUUACGCAGUGUUGUUGAAUGAUGAUUAUUAUAAUCAUCUGAAAACAAAGGAAGAAUAUAAAUAAUUUGCCGAUCUGAGGCACAGAAAAACUUCCAUUGUUUUGGUAUAUUUUGGAUGUUGAUGUAACCUCAUCGUCUUAUUGCAGGCGGUGUCGCAGGGGAGUUUCGUAUUGUUAUAAUGCAAGGUAAAACGCUUUUCACUCAGAUCUUUUUUAAACUGUAAAUGAUGGAAUCCAUAUUUGCUACUCUUGACUGUUUGAAUGACGACAGACUAGACCACCAAUCACCUUCUGAUGUUGCAGUGUUUUAGUUUUUAUUGUCGUUGUAUUCUUUGACUGACUGUUGACUUAUCUUCUACAGGUUUGGCGGAAUUGUAUACUGAAUGCUGAAAAACUUUACUUUGGUCAAUAAAAGUGUUAAAAUGAC